CAGAGAGGAGCUUCCCUCUUCCUCUCUCUAGAACAGCUAGUUGCCUCCAACGUACAGUUUUUAGAGUAUCCAUGAUAUUUGUUUCGAACGAGUCACUGUUGUCACUGUACUGGGUAGUCCUAUCCUCCACAUUUGCUUCACAUUCCUAACAUGUUGAGGCUUGAGCCAGGUUGUCAGCAGCCGUAUAACCUCUCCUACCACCCUUCUGCCUCUCUCCUGGUAUUUGCUACUCUCAACCACUGACGCAUAGUGUCUGUAUCAAGCCACGUUGAGCCUGUUAAACAUUUCUUUUUUGGAACUCAGUAACCUUACAAACCUAUAUGCGGUUCUCGGGGAUAUAGCCCUAGAUUACAUUUGUAUACUACUUGGAUAUUCCACAUUUGCAAGUAAAUUAUAUGUAGGCUGUAUAAUAUAUAUAACAUUUUCAAGGGCCUACACUCCUACUCUUACGCCCGCCAGAAUGUCGGAUCGUUGUAUAAUUGGUGGUGACACGCGUGUUGCAGAAUGUUGCCUAAUUAAUAUGGUUCCGACGAGAAUGUUCUUACCAGAGUCGACCGUCUCAUUUAUUUGCUGCCGAUCGUUGACAUUUUUGUUUAAUAAGUUUCAUGUUGAUGGCAUACCUAUAUUUGACAUUUUUUAAAUAUCAAUAAGUUGUAUGUUGAUAGCCGACUUAAGUUUAACCUUCGCUUAUAUUCGCUUAUAUUACAUUGCUAUACCUUAGUUUGUUAUUUUGCGUCAGACUUAUUAUGUACACUAGAUAAGGUUUUUUAAAUUAACCCCUUAAAGUACCUCUAAUCUCCCCAGCAGAGUGCAUGUACUAACCCUACCAGUGAUCCUGUGAAGACUCCUAUGUAUGUUGUGGGUAGUGCUUAGCGUCCUCUAUACACUUGAUCCGCGCGACUGCUACACCAACCUCCCCAAACUAGUGGAGAAAUGUAUCGGAGACUACAUUGUUAUCACUCCUGACUUUGUGGGCUACCCCAGUACUCCGGAGUUGGAUUGGACGAAUAUUCCGGGGGAUGGGAGACAUAAGGUCCAUCAGAACGGAACUCUGGUGUUUACUAACGCUCAGGUUGAGGACAGUGAACUGUAUAGUUACCUGGUCCACAGUGAAGAUGAGUUUACUCUGACCUUCUUUAACUUGUCCGUUACAGAUUGUGGGAACAUGGUGGAGCCCACCUCAGUUGUUGACCCGAUCACCCUCACUAGAGAGGAGAGUUCAGUUACCCCUACCCGGGAGAAGACCACAGUGACUCCCACCAGGAAGAAGAGUAGUGUCACUCCCACCGAGGCGAACACCAGGGACUUUGCCAGUGUUACUUCCACCGGCGGAGACUUUGUCACUGAGACCAUCAACACCAAAGAACUGCCUCAGACCACGGAGAUAACAGAGGUUCUGGAGACAGAGGUGUUACCGACCACCACCCGGUCAUUAGCUCCACACACAAGAGACCUACCCUCCACUCCUAGGGAGAUUGUCUCUUCAGACGCAAGCGACUCUCCAAUAUCAACAUCUGGUGUAGAUGCUGGCUCCUCAACUGAGAAGUUGGUGGUAACUACGUCUAAAGAUUUCCCGGUAACCGAACCUAUGACUGAAAGACUUACCAGUCCCCCAACUGAAAGGGAAACUACCAGUCCCAAGAAAGACAAGGAAAUAUCCAGUCCCCCUACUGAAAGUGUAACUACCAGUCCCAAGAAAGACAAGGAAAUAUCCAGUCCCCUUACUGAAAGUGUAACUACCAGUCCCAAGAAAGACAAGGAAAUCACCAGUCCUCCGACUGAAAGUGUAACUACCAGUCCCAAGAAAGACAAGGAAAUCACAAGUCCUAAGACUGAAGGGGGAACUACUGGUCCCAAAGAAAUUACUAGUCCCAAGACUGAAAGGGAAACUAACAGUCCUAAGACUGAAAGUGUAACUACCAGUCCCAAGAAAGACAAGGAAAUAACCAGUCCUCCGACUGAAAGCGUAACUACCAUGAGUCCCAAGAAAGACAAAGAAAUCACAAGUCCUAAGACUGAAAAGGGAACUACCGGUCCCAAGACUGAAAGUGUAACUACUGGUCCCAAGAAAGACAAGGAAACCUCUCCACAGCCGGAGAGUACAGUUACUAAAUCUAUAGUAAUCACCACCACUCCUCCUGUUAUUGUUGACAACAUCGAAGAAGAGUACGAGUUGCUAGUACAGGAUGUGACGGUGUGCUACGGUUCAGACACCACUGUCAAUAUCAAGCUGGUCAAGAAGAGUGAUCAAUCCCCUUACGAGGGCAGCUACACGAUAACGUGGCAGAGCCAGCCGUUCUACAACGUGGUCCGGACACUCAAACAGAACGAGCUCAGGAUGUUCAACGUUAGGGAGUCUGGAGACUUGACUAUCAGCGUGAAACAACUCAAGAAGUCUGAGACUAUCAGGGUUAUGGUUACACAGAAAGAACAUGUGAAUUGCGAGGGCCCAGCCGUAGAUACUGUCCUGUCAUCACAAUAUACUGAAGUGUCUACUAGAUCUAGGCUUACUGUUAUUCCUUCGUACGAACCCAAUACCUCUGAGGAACCUAUUGUUACUGACUCUGCUGUAAAGGAGGUUACCUCUUCUCCCAUGAAGACACCUAAACCCUCUGAUGACGGUGAAGUUACUAAGGUUCUGACUACAUCUCGAAUGAAGCCAGCGACGACGAGUGGCAAAGGCGAAGAAGUAACAUCCAAACUGGACUCGAAAACAACUUCCCGAGGAGGCGAUGGCAAAUCUACGGAGUCUAAACAGUACUCAACUGAACAACCUGAUGAGCAGACCACUUCCCCACCUACAGACCGUUCUGCUGAAUCAGAGGGACAGAAAGCGACCUCUUCUCAACCUGAUAUCGGCACAACUGACUCAAACAAAGAGAAGACUUCUCCGCCCACAAUCAGCUCUGGAUCAAACAAAGAAAAACCGACCUCUUCCAAACCUGAUAUCGGCACAACUGAUUCAAACAAAGAGAAAGCGACCUCUUCCAAACCUGAUGUCAGCACAACUGAUUCAAACAAAGAGAAACCAACCUCUUCCAAACCUGAUAUCGGCACAACUGAUUCAAACAAACAGAAAACUUCUCCGCCCACAAUCAGCUCUGGAUCAAACAAAGAGAAACCGACCUCUUCCAAACCUGAUAUCGGCACAACAGAUUCAAACAAACAGAAGAAGACCACCUCUCCACCUACAGUCCGCUCUACGAACUCUGAUGAGAAGAUUCCUUACACCACCGGACCAGGUGUGAUCACUGGUGUGACCACAUCAAAAGGACCUGAUAUAAGUACUACUGCUGAACCGGUUACCAAGGUGACAGUCACCCCACCUGUAGUGCCCUCCUCUUCUGCUCUUGAGAAUGUGUACCUACAGUUCACAGUGCAACCUAACGAUGUGGACACGUUUGCUGGUCUAACAGUCAGACUGGAUUGUGCUGCUCAGGGCAAACCUCUCCCCAUCAGGGUCUUCUGGCUCAUCGGAAACCGAAUGUUGACAAACAGCAGUGAUGUGAUCCUGCACGGUAACGGUAGUCUUGUGCUGCACAACGUAGCAGCUGAAGAUUCCGGUAACUACGCGUGUAUCGCGGAGAAUGGUGAUCUCAGCAUCUUGGCCAACGCUCACGUUAAUGUUAACAUUCCAAAGUUUGUUGGUGUUGAUGUUGAAGGGAACCUGUUUGUAAAGGACGCAAUCAAGGACUCUUGCAGAGAAAUCCCUUCAUCCCACAAAUUCAAGGCGAUCACUGCACAUCCCGGAAGUGGACAGCUCUACGGAGUGGAUGAUGCGGGAGCCCUGUGGGUCGCUGACUCCUUCCUAGGACCAUUCACCCAGGAUGAUACUUUACCCGCUAAGGUAACACUAAAAGACGUGGCUGUAGGACCAGGUGACGUGCUGUAUGCUAUUGAUAAACCUGGUAACCUCUGGACAAAACUCAACUCUAAAUCUUGGAAACGAGUAAAGAACACGGGUGGGAAAUACAGGAGCAUCUCAUUCUUCAACACCGGAGAGCUUCUAGCUGUGGUUCUGGAUUACAAGUUGAUGCAGAAAUCGUCAGCUGAUGUCAAGUCAGCUUGGAAAGGACACAUCUCUGUACCUUUCAAACUAAACCACGUGGCCGUGUAUGAUAACAAAAUACUUGGAAUAACUUCUUCAAACGAGCUGGUGUACCGGAACCAGAAGAACGCUUGGGUGAAACCAGCGUCUUCCUGUCCACUAGUAGCCAUAACACCCAUCACCAUAGACUCCAUACCGCUAUCAGAACCGGAGAUAACCUCGUUCAGCGGAGUGGACCUAGUGGUACCUGUAGGAGCAAGUGUUACCCUGACUUGUACUGUGUUCGGUAUUCCUACCCCUACUACUGUCAUACAACCCAGUCCUGCUCAGGCGAGCUACGAGCCCCAGAACACAGUGUCCAGCACAGUGUCCACAGUCCAGAUAUUCCACGACCUGACCUCGUCCCAACACUACGAGUGUCUUGCUGUCAGUCCUGCUGGAACUGACUCAGAGGUCAUUCAUGUGGUCGUAUACGAACCACUUGAAUGGGAGACCGAGCUAUCAGACACUACAGUUGUGUACACUGACGAGCCUAGCAGUUUCGUGGGUGUUCCUAACAUUGAGACUGGAGCUACCAUAAACUGGUUCAUCAACGAUAAACCUGUUCUUGAUGUACAGAAUGAGACUCAUGUGUCUCUAAACGUCUCAAACGGAGACACGGUGCGGUGUGAGGUAGAGACUCCCUAUGAUAAGAUUGUCUCCGAAACAACUGUUGUCGUUAUAGACCUACCAUUGGUGGGUAUUAUAGACGGUAGUGUGCACAUCUGCACCAACGGUGAGUGGGUGAGGAUAGACGAAGAUGAAGAUACCAAGUUGAAGUACAUUACUACUGGUCACAAUGGUAGCUUCAGAGGAAUUGAACUGGGUACAGACUCCUUGAUAACCAAGAAGAACAUAUCUGAGAGCUGGGAACCCCUCAACAUGUGCUGUUAUUCUGCUGUUGCUUCAGUCGACUCAGCAACAGCCGCCUCCUUCUCCUUCUCCCCCGACUCUGAAGUCUACCUAGUAGUCCGCUCCUCCUCUCUCUCCCUGCUAUCUGCUGACGGUGCUACUCUCGACCUGCCUUCCCUUGAUGACGUCAUCAACGUGGCAGUCAGGGAGGGAGUGGUACUUGCUGUUAACGGAGAGUACCGACUGUUUGUGUUAAAGAAACAGAGGGUUUGGCAAGAGGUUUCUCUGCCCUUCCGUCCGUUAACAAUCCACUACUCGGUACCGACCAAACAAUGGCUUGCUGUAGAUAGUGAGACUCGUGACGUAUACCUGGCUGAUGAUGACGUAGUUGAUGACGUAAGCUCGCUAUCCUGGUUUAAAUCAGAUAGAUGCAGUGGUAGUGAUGGUGCUAUGGGGAUACCAGUUGAUGGAGUCGCCCAGCACCAUCCCCAAUUAAACGAGAAUUGCCAACCCCAAAUAUCUCUACAAGGAGAACGAGCUCCGUCUAUAAUCUCACUGAACCCCGACGAAGAACUGCCAGUAGGAACUGACUAUACUCUGAUACUUGUUGUUGAUGCAUUCCCUCCACCGACUAUCAUCAUCAAACAUGUUGAUAAAACAGGAAAAGAAACGAUUAUUGUUGAAGAAAUCACCGACAACAUGGUCAGUGUAACUGUGCAUGAGAUAGAGGGUGUGGAACUAGGAGAUGGUGGAGUGUUCAUCUGCAUCGCUGAGAACAAACUUGGUGGUGAUGAGAGCAGGACUACAUUAACUGUUGGAUCGGCUCCAGAGUUCGAAGUGAAGCCCCAGAGCGUGGUAACAUCAGACCCACAGCAGGUUAACCUCCUGUGUAUAGCUAAGGGUACACCCACCCCUGAGAUCACCUGGUACUUCAACGGAGACAAGAUAGAUGACGUGAGUGCGCCUGGCUACCUACUGUCGUUUGUGAUGACUGAAGAAACCACUGGAAUCUACAGUUGUGUAGCUAAAAACACUUUCGGUACUAUCACAGCUGAAGCUAAAACUUCUAUCGAAGAUCCUGUAAUCAUUGGAGUAGAAGACGACAGUCUGUUUAAGCAACCGGUCAACUCCUCCUGCCAGAUGGUGGACUCUGUGUCCUUGUACCUUGAUGUAGCAGAAGUUCCAAGUGAAUUGCGCGAACACGAACUGGUAUCAGGCAACUCUAUAUUGUUGGUUGGUUUGGAUAACGAACUCUACAGAGCAUCCGACAUUGACUCAGUACCGGUACACAUUCACGACAGCUGCUGUGUAAGAAAGUUAGCGCUAGUAGGAGAUAGAAUAUACGGUAUAACCCCCACUAACUGGCUCGUGUCCUGGAACCAGAACACGCACAACUGGGAUGUGCACAUGUUCGGCGAACAAGUCCAGAACAUAGAGUCCCACUCUGGUGCCCUCUACAUCAGUACAGACGGAGUAUCCUACAAGAAGUGUGACGAUUCCUACAACUGCUCUGAUGAUGGUGUCACCAUGACUCAGUCACGUGAUUACAAGGUUAACAGGAAUAACAAAGUCGUUAGAUACAAUGACCUUAGGAACAGGUGGCAAGAAGUCAGCAUGUCAAGUAUCAGUACUGAGAUGAGGAGUAUAGCGACCAGCUCCUCUGGUAAGAUCUACGCUGUGGGAGACGAUGGUCACCUCUACGUGAGGACCAGUCUCACGAACGACUGGCAUCGUACUCUGGACGAGCACACCGGAUUUACUGCUGUAGAGGUGGACUGUGUAGGCACGAUAUGGGUGCUGAAGAACGGAGUCCUAUUCUCCGUGAUCGGUAACCAGCUCCAGAGACAUACUUCUCUCCUGAACUUACAAGAUUUCUCAACGUACAAAGCUGGAUUUGUAGCCAUUAGUUCCGAAGGGGAUAUAGUUGUCAGCAAGAGCUCUGAAACUCUCGUUUGGGAGAUAAUAGAAUCAGCUGGCAGUCUGAUCUCAAUAGACAGUUACCAGCACUACGGACUACUAGGAGUUUACCCUGACCGUCUCAAGGUUAAGACCACCCUGGACAGCCCCUGGGUUGAGUACAGUGGAGGAUGUGGUCUGACUGAUGCUACUGAGCUGGUAUCCGCCUCUUAUUGCAACGGAACAGCCCCACAAGUAAAACUAGACGUAGUAUCAGACCCUGAACUAGACUCUGAUGGUAACCUAGUGGAUCCCUACACUCCUCAGCCUGACUCCCUGGCUAAAGUCAACACUGACAUUAUGUUGAUAGGCUACGUGGUCUACACCGGACCUGAACCUAAUGUUUACAUGACAUUUAAGGGGGUCAUCAUCCCUACCACUAUAGUCAACAAGGACGACACCUCGAUAACAGUAACUUACUACAUCUCGAGUAUAACGUUUGAUAAUGAGGGUGACUAUGUUAUCCAUGCUGAUAACGGAGAUUACGUAUCUACUGAUAGCUCCACUAUCACUGUCUACGACACGUUCAGUAUAACAGUUCAGCCCCUCUCCCAAAGUACCUAUAUAAGUGGUAAUAUUGUACUGAAGAUACAGGCUACAAGCUCCACUGAGCUUAUAUUCGUCUGGACUAAAGUCGGAGAUGACGGAACAGAAGAAGUGAUAGAUAACGAUAAGACUCACAGCUCUGUGCGAGAUAACGGAGACUUACACAUCUACGAUAUCCAGGCUUAUCACGAGGCUGGCUACUUCUGUACGGUCUCUAAUGGUAGAGACAGUGUCAAGUCCGAGGCUGUCAAGGUUACUAUUAUAGAACCACAGUACCUGGCAACACUGGGUGACGGUAAUAUGUACAUAUCACCCGACCAUCUCACCUUUUAUCCUAUCUUCAUCACUACUGGUGUUCUAGAUGCUGCUGUUUACCAACAGGUGUUGUAUCUAGUGCUGGCAGAUUACCAAGUCUACACCUACCCUCUGACCGGCCGACAAGAGUACCUCACCCUCCUUCCUGACUCCUGCUGUGUUAACUCCAUUGCUGUGUACUCUGAGUUGGGUGCUGUCAAGCUCCUGGCUACAGAUGUAUCCACUUUCGACCUUCUUCACAGACGUAUAGACGGUACCCAGUGGGUAUCCAACAAGGACUCUCUGACCUCUAUAGCUGUGGUCUCUGACGAGAUGGUGGCAACUCAGCGUACCUCUGGAUACUCCCUCUUCAAGACUGGUAUUGGGAGUAUGUGGAAACCUACUAUCACAAGGAUACCCAUGUUACAUAUCGUGGGACACUAUAACGGCAAGAUAAUAGGAGUAGGGUAUGACAGACGUCUCCACACUGCUGCAGACUACACAGACUCCUGGACCAGGAUACCUGGCUUCACCGAGGUUGAGUGUGCUGCUAUUGAUAACGAAGGUGGUAUGAUCUACAUAGUGCUAACAACUGGAGAGAUAAAGAAACACAAGAUAACUGAGCUGGACGAGCAGAAGAAGACACGGGGUAGUGUCAUCUUCAAACCAGACUUCAAGGUUUUACACGUGUCAUGGGAAGGUACAUUAUACUACUCAGACACAGACAACAGACUGUUGAUAUCCAGAGCCUACACCACCUACCCUACUCUACACCAGGGUAUCAGCUUCGCUUACUCUGUUGUUAGCUUACCUGACACCUACAAGACUAUACUUGUUCUUAAUAAGAGAGGUAUUCAUAACGUAACAGAGACUGGUUCCGUCUUACUCCGUCCCCUCAGCUCCAUAUCCUCCAUGUCCCUGAACGGACCCAACCUGAUCCUCACACACAAGGACGAUCAAACCAUUUUCUCUCUUCCCUUCGAGAACAUCAGGUUCGGACGUCUUGUGGAGAUAUCACGAGUACACAUCACCAGACUGUUCAGUACUCCCGAGAUAAUGGGCUCGUCACCUGGUGAUGACGUCACUGAUGAUGACGUCACCAAGAAGGAUGAUGACGUCAUGACUGAUGGUGGUAUUGUUAAGGAUGAUGAUGAUGAUGAUAAGGAAGCUGCUCAAGGUGUUGUGUUAACUUGGAAUGGAUCCCAGUGGGAGAUGAUCGAAGGAUCAGACAUUACAUCCAUGGCUUACUUUACUGUUUUAAGAAUAAACUGCCGUACCUCCACCAUCCUGUCUCCGGCGGUGACCUACUACGUGGAGCUGGGAGAUAACAUCCAGAUGAUGUGUUCAGGAAGGGGUACCCCCACCAACACCCAGACCAUCAUCCCCAGGAAUGAGGGUAUAGAGGAUGUGAAGUACAGGGGAUAUUACAGAACUGAGGACAUUGCUCUCAUGGAGCACAUCGGCUCCCUCCAGGUAUCAACAGUGACGAGUAUCAUCAGGAUACAAGCGGAAGAGAACAUGGUGGAGUGGUACCGGUGCACUGCUAGCAACAUGUACGGAACUGAUUUCCAGGACUUCCGUGUCGUCAUCUGGAGGAAGCUGAUCUACAUUGAGACUCCAGAGAACACAGUAAUAGAUGAGGGAACUCACCACGUGCUGCUGUGCGCGGCUGAUGCUCUUCCUGUUCCAGCUAUCACAUGGUUCAAGGACAAAUACCCAGUAGAAGCCUCAGAGUCAGUGAUCCCCCUUAAGACUGGUGGAUUACUUCUAGCACCUGCUAACAUACACGAUUCUGGAACCUACCAGUGUGUCGCUCAGAACUCCAGGGAAUCCAUCUCUAUCGAGGCUACUGUCUUUGUUAAACGUCCGAUAGAGUUCACACUUGAACCAGAAGAUGUGACCGUAAAGUCAGGACAAGAGGUCCGGCUCUCAGUUAACGUUAUUGGUCACCCUGAACCUGUUAUAACCUGGAGCAGGAAGAGUGGGGAGGAGAUACCAGCCUCAGCUGAGAUCCUCCCUGACGGUACCCUAGUACUGACAUCAACUGACGGUUCUGAUAGUGAUGAUUACAUCUGUACUGCUACCAACAACUACGAGUCUGUUAAUGUAACAGUUGCAGUUCAAAUUAAUGAACCAGAGGUACCGAUAAUUCUAACGGGCCCAGAAGACCGUACAGUCUUCAUUGGAACUAAGACAAAGAUAACUUGUAUUGCAUCUGGAGACCCUCUCCCUCAAAUAUACAUCCUCAAGAAGGGGAUCCCUCAGCAGAUAGAUGUCACAUUUGAAGAUGAUGGAACAGUGAAGGCAGUUCUGACAAUGAAGAUAAGGGACGCCAGCCAAAGUGGUGCCUACACGUGUAACGCUGUAAAUGGCAAAGGAUCAGACUCUGAAGUCGGUAUCAUCACGGUCUUUGAGGAGGUAACAAUGUCCCUAGUGGACUUCUCCCAAAGUGACAAUGACAUCUCAACUCCUGAUGACAUCACGAUUGAUGCUGAUGACGUCACCAAGAAAAUACCCGAUGAUGUCAUGAUCUACGGACCCUCUAUGAAUGAAGAUACCAGAAUAACAAUAGUUGCCAAGGUUGAGGGAGCACCACGACCAGAUAUCACCUGGACUCUCUACAACAAGGUGCUAGAACCCAGUGACAAAUACUUGAUAGCUCCUCUUAACAAGACCCACUACACACUCACCAUCACCAACUUUAACGAGGACGAUGUUGGAGAGUACUCCGCCAGUGCUACCAACUCUAUCAGCACUGAUUCUCAAACUGUUGUAGUUAACGUCGAGACUCCAGUCGGUUUCACCGAGUGGUCUAGCUGUGACGUGACCUGUGGACUUGGUGUCCAAUACAGACAAGAGACAUGCACUGAAACACUUAACGGGGAAACGGCUCUCUGCCAAGAUACUUCAAACAGUCAGGAGCGAGUUUGUAAAAUGCCCGCCUGCCCAACACCGCCAGUUAUAGAAUCGUUUGGUGUGAGCGAGGAGAUUAUCCCUAGAGGAGAUUCAGUAAUCCUCUCAUGCGAGGUAUCAGGAUCAGCUCCAAUUUCGGUUGUGUGGAAGAAAGGAGGCGUAGAAGUGAAGAUCGACCAGAGGGUCACUAUCUUCAACAACGACAAUGUCUACAUGUUGAAAAUUACCAACGCUACAGUAUCAGACAGUGGAGAGUACACAGUCACUGCGGUUAACUACGAGGGUGAGGACGAGGAGUCCAUGGAUAUCAUUGUGAUUCUCACCUGGUCUAAGUGGACCCCCUGGGGACAGUGCUCGGAAGAGUGUGAUGGAGGUACCAGGACCCGCUCCAGGGUCUGUGAGAACAGCGACACCUCCUUGUGUCCUGGAAAUGAUCAAGAAAUCCAGAACUGUAACAAUUUCGACUGCGAGAGAAGUACCCCAGUCAUUAUUGUCCCUGUGGAUGACGUAGUGGGAGAAGUGGGAGGGUGUGUUACCUUCACAUGUCACAUUGGCAGCGUGCCAAACCCUGAUGUGACCUGGUGGCGAGGAGACGGACAACUCAGCCCUAUCAGGAACACCAACACGAAUAUAACGUUAGAAGAUGGUUACUCUACACUAGAGUUGUGUGACCUCUCUAUAGAUGACGCUGAGUGUUACAACUGUCUUGGAGUCAACUCUGAGGGUGUUAACAUGACAACAGGAAUGCUGAAGGUGGUAGCCCCACCCCAGAUCACCACACCACCCCAGGAUCAGAGCGUUACAGAGGGCAUGUUUGUAGAGCUAGUCUGCGAAACCACCGGCCUUCCUCAACCCGAGGUACGGUGGUUGCUGAACGGUAAGACAUUCUCCAGUCGGUACGUAUUACAAGCAGACGACCUGUUGAGAUUCACAAACAUUUCCGUAUCACAACAGGGAACCUACACUUGUGAAGCACAGAACAGUGCCGGUACUACCUUCUCUCGGGCUUCCGUUGAAGUCACUGCUGUUGAUGGUAACUGGGGAGACUGGUCGGGCUACUCUACCUGCAGCGAGGACUGUGGGUACGGAGACCAGACUCGGAAGAGACUGUGUAAUAACCCCCGACCUUCCCAGUCUGGGGAGAAGUGCCCUGGAGAGGGUGAGGAGAGCAGGGACUGUAUCGUAGAGGAGUGUCCUGCCGAGGUGGCAUGGUCAGACUGGUCGGAAUGGUCAGAUUGUGACCCAUCUUGUGGUCUGGGUAACCACACCAGAGUAAGGACCUGCCUGAAUGGAGACACGUGUGAAGGAGAAGAGUUUAUCACUGCUACUUGCUACACAGCCGCCUGCCCUGUGAACGGAGGUUACUCGAUCUGGUCACCAUGGUCUACCUGCUCUGAAGAAUGCGGAGGAGGUAACCAGACCCGGACCAGGACCUGUACUGACCCCCGCCCUGCUCACGGUGGUAAAGCUUGUGUACAGGAGCGUGGAUACGAGAUCAAACAGUGCAACUCUCACAGCUGCCCUGUUAAACCGCGGAUAGUACGAGUACCUGAAGACACGACAGCUAACAGAGGAGAGGAAGUAACCUUCCUCUGCUCUGCUGAGGGAGUACCCACUCCUAUGAUUACAUGGUUUGAAGAUGAUAUCCACAUCAGUGCUAUUACUACCACCAGCGGACAACGAAUCACUAGUUACCUAGUAAUCCAAGAAGCAGAAACGGACAGAACGUUCAACUGUUUAGCCCAGAACGAAGCCGGCGCGGCCCUGGUGUCAGUAGAUCUAGCUGUCACCAAGCAGCUGCCUGUCUUCUCCCAGUUCCCAGAGGACAUGGACCUGGAGGAGGAUCAGGAUCUUUAUCUGAACUGUGAGGCUGAUGAGGAGUCCGAGAUCGUGUGGAUGUUCAACAACAAACCGUUGACAGAAUACUUCAGCGAGGCUCUGGCACUUUCCAACGGAACUCUGCUAAUACAAGAUGCCACCAGGUUCCAUACCGGACGGUACGAUUGUAUCGCUACUAACGAUGUCGGAACAUCAGACAAAUCAGCUUAUAUAACUGUCAACCCGAUACACGGAGAGUACUCAGCGUGGGAAGAUUGGUCUAACUGUUCAGUUAGCUGUGGAGACGGAGAACAGACCAGGACCCGAACCUGUAAUAACCCUGUUCCUUCUACUAACGGUCUCCAGUGUAACGGGCCGGAUAAGGAGAAGAGAGCUUGUGCUGUGGAGGAUUGUGAAGAUGUGGUUCAAUACGGAGAAUGGUCCGAAUGCUCUGAAACCUGCGGUGGAGGUAUCCGCUCCAGGAUAGUAGACUGUGCUGCAGCGGAUUGUCCCCGAGUUGGCAGUGAAGAGUGUAACACUAACCCAUGUCCGGUUAACGGCAACUACACGGACUGGACUGCGUGGAGCAAGUGCUCUGUAGACUGUGGAGGAGGCGUAACUACCAGGUCCCGAGUGUGUAAGAACCCUCGACCUUCUCACGGUGGUUUACCCUGUCCAGGUCCUAAUAAAGACAGUGAGGUUACCUCAUGUAACCUAGACUCUUGUCCACGAAACACCCAGUUGAUAGGACCACCCCAAUCCCUCACAGUCCCAGUAGGGUCUGAUGUUACCUUCGUGGCCACCUACCUCGGUAUACCUACCCCGGUUGUGGCCUGGCUUGUAGAUGGUCAGCCUAUUGUCAACAGUGAUAGAAUAUUUGUUGAAACUGUUGAAAAUGACGGCCUGUACACGAGCACACUGACAGUACGAUCAGUAGACCCCUCAGACGAGAAGAUCUACAGCAUCAUCCUGACUUCCUCCAACAAGAAACCCAUCCUAGCCACCGCCACCCUGACCACCACGCAAGCUCCGGAGAUAGUGAGCGAUGUGACCAGCGUGGCUGUGGAGGAGGGAGAGGAUAUCGUACUGAACUGUGAGGUUGAAUCACGACCUGUAUCCAUGGUGUCGUGGACCCCUCUGACAGGCUCCUCUAAACUCCUCUCCAACCACACCCUCCUGAUCCAGGACUCCAAGAUAACUGAUGCUGGCAUGUACACGUGCACUGCUAUGAACAGUGUUGGAAGUGACAGUAAGAUUAUUGUGGUUUCUGUGAGAGCUAUAAAUGGAGGGUUAACAGAUUGGUCAGCUUGGUCAGACUGCACAGUGUCAUGUGGAAGUGGAACUAAAACCCGGACACGAACUUGUACCAGUCCGGAACCAUCACACUCCGGACGGACAUGUUCUGGAGAUUUGGAAGAUACCAGAUCAUGCGCGAAUAAACCUUGUGCUGUUGAUGGUGGAUACUCAGCAUGGGACGAAUGGACCCCUUGCUCUGAAACCUGUGGACUCGGUAAACGUACCAGGAAUAAGACCUGCACUAACCCUGCCCCCGCGCACGGAGGAAAGGAUUGUACCAGUGGUGAGACAGUCAAUCACGAGGAGAUAUGCUUUGAGGCUAACUGUCCAGUUGAUGGAGGUUGGACUCAGUGGACCUUGUGGACAACAUGCUCAGUGACCUGCGGAGGUGGAUCUCAGACCCGGUCCCGGAGCUGCACUAGGCCUCUUCCCAUGUUUGAUGGAGAGGAUUGUGGGCCCGAAGACCCUGAAACCGAAUCAAGAGCGUGUAACGAAGAAGAAUGUCCAGAACACCCGAUAGUGUUCACCAUGGCAGAUCAAGAAGCGGAGGUUGGAGACAGGGUCCAGUUUGUGUGUAGGAUCCACGCUCAACCCAAACCUAGUGUAAUCUGGAUGAGAAACAGCGAGGAGGUUGUCAGCGGUAACAAAUCAGUUAUCACCACCAAAACAAUGGACGAGACUACCACUGUCAGUAAGCUAGUUAUAGAGAGUGUGGAGUCAGAGGACGAGGGUAUGUACGUGUGUCUGGCUACUAACGUGGCUGGUAGCAACAUCGAGAACGCUGCUCUCACUGUCAAUGAUCCCAACAAGGACAUCCCGGUCACCUCUGUGUCUAUCCUAGAGGGGGACAGUGUUACACUGGCCUGUGUAGCAGCUGGUCCUGUCACCUGGAACCUGGACCAAGUUCCUCUUAGUCCUGGAUCUAGAUUUGUGUUUGUUGAAAACAACCUGGUGAUAUCUGACAGCACGAUCUAUAUCAGCGGAACAUAUACUUGUAAAGAGGAUACUAUCAACAGAAAGCGAUACGACGUCAAAAUAACCGCUGUAAACGGAGGACUGAGCGACUGGGACACCUGGUCACCCUGUGUUGGAGUAGGUUGUGGAGUCGGACAGAAGACCCGAACUAGACAGUGCAACAGUCCCACACCCUCCAGCAAUGGAGUUGAUUGUGUCGGAGAUCUGACGGACAAGGACGAGUGUGAUAUCCCUUGUAGAAGUGAGUGGUCUGACUGGACACAAUGGAACGGGUGUUCAGCUGACUGCGGAGGAGGUUACCAGUCCAGGAACAGGGUGUGUAUCACACAGGGUAACAACGGUACUUGUACCGCUCCUGGAAGUGGUACUGAAGUGAGGAACUGUAACACUAAGCCAUGUUCCGUUAACGGACAGUGGUCGGACUACUCCGCCUGGUCGGACUGUUCAGUGACGUGUGGUGACGGAGUCAGGACCCGGACUAAGACUUGUGAUAACCCGGCCCCUGCAGCUGGUGGUAACUACUGUGAGGGUCAGGGUUCGGAGACCAAGACUUGCUCUGGUCCGGUGUGUCCUACCCACGGUAACUGGGGAGAAUGGUCGGGCUGGUCUAGUUGCUCUGUAGACUGUGGCAAGGGAGUCAAGUCAAGGGAACGUGUUUGUGAUAACCCUGAGGCUAGUGAUGGUGGAGAUCCUUGUGCUGGAUCCGCCAUGGAGUUUGAUGAGUGUAUUAAACCUGAUUGCGAUGAGGAAGGGAAGUUCACAGAAUGGUCUGAUUGGACGGAAUGUCACUCCGAGUGCGGGGCAGGAACUCAGUCCCGUGCAAGGGAGUGUGUUGCGAAGAAGAAACGUACACAGGACUCGGCUGUUACUUGUGCUGGCCAACUUUCUCAAUUCAGGGUAUGUGAUAACGAAUGUGUGGAGAUAACAUCUGCUCCCGAGAGCAUCUUCCUCAACAAGGGAGAGACUGCUAUCCUGGAGUGCGAGGUGUCUGAUGGUGAGGUUAUUUGGUAUAAGGGUGGAGAGGAGUUGUUUGAGGAAGAAAAUGUCAGGAUCUACAAUAGAAAGAAGACCUCCAGACUGCAGAUCUCAGAUGUUAUAAGCUCCGAUGAUGCUACAUACACCUGCUCUGUUACUGUCGGUAAUAACACUGACCGAGCAACUGCCUCCAUUACCGUUUUGGAGCUGCCGGAGAUCACGUUCAUGUCAGAAGAACAGAGGGUGAGAGAAGGUGACAGCGUGACUAUCGAGUGUGUGGCACGGGGAAUACCAGCCCCCGGUGUCAGUAUCACCCGGUACGAGGAACUCCAGGUCACCUCCGCUCCCAGGACAUCUGCGGACGAUAGAACCUACGAGGUCAAGGAAACGCUGAAGAUCGUGUACGUGACUCCUGGUGAUGAAGGAGAGUACGUGUGUACGGCAGUUAAUGAGAGGGGCGUGGAGGAAAAGAGCUCUGCUAUCAUUAUCGUUGUUGACGGUACUUGGAGCGCGUGGAGCGACUACUCGGACUGUAACGUGGAUUGUGGAACUGGCACCAAGUCCAGGACAAGGACCUGCUCUAACCCUGCUCCUAGGAACGGCGGAGACAGCUGUCCUGGAGAUGAUAUGGAGACUGUUCAGUGUUCUCUUUAUCCUUGUGACUAUGGACCAGUGUUCGUAGUGAAACCAGUGAACUUGAGGGUAACAGCUGGAGAGAGGAUUGAGAUACCUGUUGUUGUGGACGCUCAACCAGCCGCUGAGAUAACCUGGCUAACCCCUGGUGGUCCCGCUGCUAUGCUGGAGGGCUUCCAGGUGAUACCAGAAAACACGACCCUGGUGAUAGAAGAGGUGGAUCUGAGAGACAGCGGUGUGUACAAGGUCCUGGCUAGUAACGACGAGGGAGUCGCUGAGUACGCCUUCACCAUCAUCGUCGAGGGUAAAAAACCAAUCUUCGUGUCAACUCUCCAGAACGUUACUGUAACGACCGGUACAGCACUACAAAUGACAGUUACUGCUACUGGCAACCCGCUACCUAGAAUAGAGUUCUUCAGAACUAUUGACGGGGCUCCAGUGAAGUUGUCAGCUCAGACGAUGACGAUGACACGUCGCAGUGAUCUGAUAGGAUCUCGGUACAGUAUCAGUGUGCUCUCUCUCGCUGACGAGGGAGAGUAUUAUGCUACUGCUGUUAACGAGUACGGUACUGCCGUUACCAAGGGAUAUGUUAAAGUUGUGCAAGAUGUAGUACCAGCUCAAGUGAGUAUUCUGGUACCCACACCUCUGAAAGUAAUAUACGGUGACGAGGUUAAGAUCCCAAUAGAAGUGUCCGGUAUUCCCACCCCUACAAUCAGCUGGGACACUCCCGGUGGAGAGAUUGAGGAAGAAGAUGACGGAAGUCUAGUGAUACCUGUUGUAACUCCAGAACAUGAAGGAGUGUACACCAUCACCGCUAACAACACUUCUGAUGGGGAACCUGAAACUGAGACCCUCCGACUUGUCAUUGUUGGACGUAGACCAGAGUUUGUGGAUGUACCUGAGGAUCAGGAAAUACUCAGAAAUGAGGAUCUGACUCUGAGUAUAAAGGUGGUUGGUUUACCGCUACCCUCUCUGGCUCUAACGGGUCCGAACGGAGAGAACAUACCCUUAAGUCUUGAACUUGAUGAGGAAAAUGAUGCUGUUAUAGGCCAAGCCGAGAUAGAUACCUCACUUCUCAGCAACAGCGGGGUCUACAAGAUCACAGCUGAAAACAAGCACGGUAGUGCUGAAGAGGAGAUCGAGCUGACAAUCCUCUCAGAUACCUCUGCUCCAAAGUUCAACUCCAGCGUGUACUCCCUCCAGCUCUUCCACGGACAGAGUGGCAGUAUACAGCUCGGUGUGAACGGAAAACCGAGCCCGAUAAUAACUCUCCAACCUGAUAAGGAUAAUGUGGAGAUUGAUGGAGACGUGGUGUCCUUCAGAAGGGUUACUCCCGAAUCAGGUGGAGUGUACACGGUUACAGCCAAUAACGAGGAAGGAGAAGAUGUGGCUGUUAUUGUAUUGGAUAUCGUAGGACAGUCACCUCAGUUUGUUGGCUCCUUCAACAACCUGACUCUACCUCACCUUACUCCUCAUCUCAUCAGAGCAUCUGCGUUUGGACUGCCGGCUCCGGAGAUGACUAUAUCAAAAGUAACAGAAGAUAGUGAGAUUGUUUUCAAACCCAAAGUAGUGACUACUGGCACGACAUCCACAGCCAGCUUUACUAUUGACAACCCUGAGGUAUCAGAUAGUGGGUGGUACAAGGUGACAGCUUCUAACGAGUACGGAGUCAACACCACCUCCGCCUAUCUGGAGUUCACCACUGUAUCAGAAGAACCUGAGUUCGUGGUGGGUCUCGGAGAUGCUAGAGUUAAGCAGGGCGAACCCCAUGAGGUCUCCUUUGUUAUAUCAGGAGUCCCUGAUCCCAAAGUGACCCUCACCAAGGACGGUGAACCAAUAUCCUUCUACACUGAGCCUACGGAAGAUGGUCUGAAGUACAUCCACCAGAUACCCAGCGUGCAACCUGAUGACGCUGGAACAUACCGCGCUGUAGCGACUAACGAGGUCGGAACCGCUUACUCUACCGCAGAACUGGACGUGAAGUUGAGAAAGCGCGCGCCGCAGUUUACGGAAGUGCCGCGUGACGUAACCUUGACAGCUGGUGACGAUCAUACCAUUGUUGCUGAGGUAACGGGAAUACCGAAACCGAACGUGUAUGUUGUUGAUGAAGAUGGAAAUGUGGUCGGACGCGGAAAGGGUAAGAUCGUGGAAGUAGACGAGGAAACUGUUCGCUUCUCUCUCGACGUCGACGAUCUUCAGCCCGAAGACUCUGGUCGCUACACGAUUGUUGCAAACAACGGAGUGGGAAGACCUGCUAAACACGAGUUUGAUCUCGAAGUAGAACUACCAGAAAGUGCUCCAGAGAUCACCCAAAUACCACGUGACGCCACUUUAACACAAGGAGAUGACCACCUGAUCGAGGCUGAAAUAAAGGGGGUACCCAAGCCGAACGUUUAUGUCACUGAUAAGGAUGGUGUAUUUGUUGGAGAAGGCCAGAUUGAAGAGGUAGAUGAGGAAACGGUCCGAUUCUCUCUCGACAUCCCCGAUCUUCAGCCAGAAGACUCAGGUCGCUACACGAUAACAGCAAAUAACGGAGUAGGAAGGCCCGCUACUCAUGAGAUUUACCUCGAAGUAGAACCAUUAGAACUUGCCCCACAGUUCACGAACGUGCCACGUGACCUCACUCUAGAAGAAGGUGAUAAUCACGUGAUUGAGGCGGAAAUAAAAGGAGUACCAAGACCAAAUCUGGUUGUGACCGAUGGAAAUGGAGAUAUAGUUGAGGGAGUUAGUCAGAUUGUGAAAGUAGAUGGCGAAACAAUCCGCUACUCGCUCGAGAUCCCCGAUAUUCAGGUGGAAGAAGCUGGUCUGUACACUAUAACAGCUGAUAACGGUGUGGGUAAUCCUGCAUCUCACAAAUUUGAUAUCGGUGUUGAGGAACCUUCAGAAGAACCUCCUUCCGUUCAACCUGCUCAACUUGGAAAAGCUCUAAAUAUAAUCACACCCCUACCUGCUGAGAUCUACAUAACUAAAGGUGAUGACGUAGAUCUGUCAGUAAAGAUAGAAGGAACUAUAGAAUCAGAGGACGAGCUAAGUGUCACCCUGUAUAACUCUCUCCGAGGAUUAGACACUGAUCUUAGCAAGCACCUCAAAUGGGAGCUAUCACCCGUCCCCAACAUGCCUGAUCAGUAUGAGUUGGAGGCUACCCUACCCUAUCCCUACUCUCUCAAUGCUGGAAACCUGCGUCUUACUAUUGCAAAUGAACACGGUGCUGAUGAUACCGAGACUGUUCUGAAUAUUGAGGAGAUGGGAAGUGAUCCACCUUUCUUCGACCCAGCUCCUUCAGAUAUCAAGUCGUAUCCUAACAACAACAUCAUGCUGGAGACCAGAGUUAGAGGUUCUAGACCUGUUAAGAUCGACUGGUUCGUCACAGAACCCGGUUCUGGAACCCCUCAACCAAUUAUUGAGGGAGACGGUGACAAGUAUGAGAUCCACAUUAACGGUAGUUUGACUAUCAAGGAUGUGGGAAAGGAAGAUGAGGGUACCUACUUGGUACAGGUCUCCAACUCAGCUGGAUCAGCUACUGAAGAAGCUGAGAUCGAGGUCACCCAAACAGCAGGAUUCAGUGACUGGACGGACUGGACACCAUGUUCUGCUGACUGCGAAGGAACUCGGACAAGAAGCAGGUUCUGUAACAACCCACCCCCAGCUCCAGGUUAUCCAUCCUGUGCAAGGAACAUGGAGUCUGAAUCUGAGGAGUGCGGAGCUGAGCAAUGUCCUGGCUUCUCUGAGUGGUCCGAGUGGGACGAGUGCAGCAAAGAGUGUGGCUAUGGAACCAGGACUAGGAACAGGAACUGUGAUAGUCCUCCUCCGGAGACUGGAGGUCCUCAAUGUGAGGGUCUCAGUGUCGAGAAUAAGAUCUGCUACCUCAAGAAAUGUCCUCAAAGAAUUGAUGGCAACUGGAGUGUAUGGAGUGGCUGGAGCGACUGUUCAGUGCCGUGUGGUACUGGAACCAAACGUAAGUCCCGAACCUGCACCAACCCUGUCCCCUCUAACGGUGGAGGCACGUGUGAAGGUCCCGGACACGAGGAGAUAUCUUGUGUCCUGAAGGCGGUCUGCAAAAGGAAAACAGUACUGGAGAACUGGAACUCUUGGAGCGAGUGUUCUGCGGAGUGCGGAGGAGGCACUAAGAGGAGGACCAGAGGAUCUUGUGUGGGGCAGCAGUGCUCCGAGGACGAGGUACAGAUUAGGGACUGUAAUACUAUGGACUGUGCCAGGAAGAAGAAGAAACGACUUAGAUCUGCAUCUUUAACGAUUUCCGAGCCAAUCAUAUCGGAUGUACCUAUUGAUCUGGACAUACACGGAGUAAAUUUGUGUCUGUCUGCUAAAAUGGUACUGAAGAAAUUAUACACUUUGGUUGACACGGACUCUGCACAGAUUUACGGAACUCUAAGAAAAGACGGAACUUACUCUUCCCUAACCAUCUACUCUGGAUUGAAUUCAGUAACUCUUAAGAACAAACUGAACCAUCCUCUACCGUCGUCCGUGGGAAGUGUUACGAUAAAACAGAAGAACAGCCGAGUUGUUCUGAUAGGAGACAUGUUCAAACUCAAUGUUGUUCAGAGUGAUGGCGAGGGCUUCAGAGUGGAGAUAGUUCGUAUAGACGACGAAGUAACUGGAUUUCUGGGUGUGCUGAAAGCAAUCAACGAUUCCUCACAAAUUGUUGAUAAAUCCGGAAAAAAGAAAAUCUUGCGAUUUAAAAAUGUCAAUUAUUUGUUGACAAGAUCAAAAACGAAAUCGUGUUACGAGCUCAUCAACGAUAAGUACUCCGCAAGAAUAUUAGGAUCCACUGAUAAGUUCUUGGAAAACGACUAUUAAAUUUUAACCGAUUGAAAAAUUUAAAAUCGAGAUUCAAGAAUUCAUAUAAAUAUUUCUUUUCAGUGCUUGUUGCAGCUGGAAGUUGACUUUAAAUCAACUAUUCAGUUGAGAUCGGGCUUUGGUUCAACUUGUUUUGAGAUUUCGUACUCGUGCACCUACGUUAUUCUGCCGUGGUCAGAGAUUUCUUGAAACUCUCAAACAAGUUGGACAUAUUUUGAACUAGAUGGGAUUUAUUAUUUUAGUAAUUUUAUAAGUUUAAUUAUAAAAUUGUAAAUAAUACUUUAACCCUUUCUUAUUUAUCUGUGUUUAUAUUUUUACAACGAAUGUAUUUAAGACUUGUAAGAUUAUUUGUCAAACCGAGAAUGUUUUAUAAAAAUUUAUGAUAAACUUUUUCUGUUUAUUGAGUUAUUGAGCAACUCAGUUUUUCAACAUUUACAUCCUGAAUUUGCUGAUAUGUUAUUGAUAUUGAUAAUGGUUGGAAUGACAUUAGCUUGUGGUAUUAGAAACUGGGAACAAACUUAGUCGAAUUGUGAUAAGUUUUGUGCCGGGAUGUGUAGAUUAGAACUUUAGUUUUAUCACAACGGAUUUUGUUUUGGGAUGGGAUGGGAUGAACGUUUGUUGAAUUUUAAAAUUGUGCGGUUUUAACUUCAUACGCUUUCUUAAUAAUUA